AUUGAUUGCCGCCACUUUGCAGUAUUGCAGUUAACGCUUCACGCCGUCACCUGCCUUUAUAGAAUUACGUGAAAUGGCAAACUGUGGUAGGAGUAGGUCAGAACGUUUAAAAGCUCAGAGAACAUUAAGCAUACAAAGGGAUUCUUCGGCGGAAAGACGAACUUCUCCAAAACAAUCAGCCAAUAGCGCGGUUCAACAAGCAGACGGUAGCUUUUUCGAAAGUUUCACAGCCCUGAUAUGGAGACAACAGAAUCAACGCCUGAGAGGUGCGGCUGACGAUGGGAGAACAAUUAUAGCCGAAUCGAAGGUCAUUGGUACAGAACAUGGAAGAAUGUUUCCCAGCAGGAAGGAUUUUGAAUCUCUUUAUGUGGAAGUAUUGUAUACUAUUAAACAUAAAGUUGGAGCAGGUUCAACGCAUGCGUUAUCCGAACUAUUUGAGUAUGCGAAAAAAUCGUUUGGUGUUACACCGGAUGAACACGCCAGGCUUUUAGCUAAGGCUGCCGAAGAAAAGCCUCCUAUUCUUGUUCUACACGUCACUGUUGUUGAGGCUAAGAAUUUAGAAGCAAAGGAUCCUGAUGGCUUCAGCGACCCCUACUGUAUGAUAGGAAUAGUGCCGGAGUCAAGUCAAAGUCAACCUUCAACACCUAAUAAAUUGAACGUCCAUCACACAACAAGCUUCCCGAACGAUAUAGAAGAAACUCCAAAAAGUCCUAGUAGAACAGGCUCCGCUCUCAAAAAAUUUUCGCAAAGUUUCAAAAGGAAAAAACAAACGCAGACGGCUCGUGACCUCAUACCAGCUAGGUUCAUUAAGUGCACAAUGGUCGUUAAUAACUCUUUAAACCCUAUCUGGAAUGAGAAAUUUCGAUUUGAUGUUUGUGAUAUUGAACACGAUAAGCUUCAUUUGGAUAUAUGGGAUCAUGAUGACGAUGCUUCCGUAUUAGAUGCCGCUAAGAAGUUGAACGAGGUUUCUGGUUUAAAAGGUCUUGGAAGAUAUUUUAAACAAGUUGCCCAGUCGGCGAGAACUAGUUCUUCUGGAAAUGUUGACGAUUUUCUCGGUUCGGUUAACAUUCGAUUAAGCGAACUACCAUCUAAGGAGAUUGAUCAAUGGUACGAACUAGAAGGUCGCAGCUCUAGGUCAAAUGUAGAAGGUUACAUUCGACUUAGACUAAGCUUAGCUACAAGAGAAGAUAAAGGAGUUUCUGAAGAAGAUAAUCAAACUGACGUUAGACAGCACGAGGAUCUUCUCUGUGUUUUCAUUGAACAUGAACUAGAGGAAGAACAAACAAGAUACGGCACAAAAACUAACUGGAAAGGCACUUUAACGACAACUGCAGAAAAUAUUCUCCAUCAACACGCUGUUCAAGGAGAUAUUAGUGAUGCUCAACAAACAAUUUGCAGAUGGCUAGCUUAUUCGAAGAAGUUUAUGCUUCAUUCAUUUGAUUGGGAAGUUCUUUUUGGAAUUUUGGACCUAGUUGAUAAACAAGUACCACCGAAUACAUUAUCAAGAAUAGAAGAACAAUCAAUAGGCGAAUCUUUUGAUAACUUUCUGGAAUGGUGUAUGCAGUUAGCCCACGAGCAAAGGAUAGUUUUUCCCUCUAAUAGCAGGAUAGCUAGAGAUCGAUUGGAGUUAAUGUUGCAGUGUAUGAACAGGCUGACAAUCAUGCCAAUUUUUAAAAGGUGCUGUCCGUUUCGAAGAGAUUUAAAGUCUCAAUUAACAGCAACACUUAAGAGAUCAGCCGCCGAUCAGUAUGAAAAGUUUGCAGAGAAAGCAAGACGUUUGGAGGCAAAGACCUGCAUUGAUGAUGCUAUAUUACUGGCUCUCACCGAACUUACUCACGCCGUCACUGCAGAUUUGAGGGCUUCUCUCCUGCAUUACGAACCAAUUUACGCGGGGAGUAUUAACGUCCACUACGUUCCUUCUAUUUACCGCCAUGCUGAUAAGACUCUGGCCGAAGAUGUCAGGAAAUUGGCGGUUUUUAUUAAAGUCUUGGAUGAAGAGGCCACAAUUGAACCUACAACAAGAGUUUUCGAAUUCUACCUGGCACUGCGAGACUUUAUCGGGUUGAAUGAUGAAUUGGGAGAGAAAAUUGAAGAUGACGGCUGCGUAAGAUCUUUGCAAACACUAUUUAGGGGAGCUACUCAAAAGUGGCUCGAGAUGGCUAGAGAAAGGUUAAUGAGACGUAUAACAAAAGCAGUUGAAGUGGAACGCACAAAACAGGAGGAUGGCAUCACGCUAGCGUCAUCGGCUCUUGAUGUUUCUUCUUGUAUAACUCAAAUAAUCGAAUUUUGGCAACAGCUUGAUUGGCCAGAUAAAUCAGCCAUUUCCCAGCUUCUCACCAAAUUGACCGAUGAUGUGUGUCAAAGCACAGUCUAUUAUUCAGAUGUUGUGCAUGAUAACCUCAAACGACAAGGUUUCUUUGAAGGACGCUGCGGUGAAGAAGCGUGUGUAGUUACUCUGAAUAACUUGGAACACGUACGGCGUUGUAUCAGACCCCUCUCACAUGACCUGAAGUUUGCAGAGGUUGCAAAAGCAGUCGACGGUGAACAUGGUGACAGGGCCGGUCGCCAAACGAGAGCAAGAUUAAAUCAAAUAGUACGCACCGCUGAAGAAGAUAUUGCAAAACGUCUUACGCAAAUUGUCGAUACAAUUGCAGAUAGAACUAGAGUGGAAAUGAACAAUCAUAUCUUUCAUUUAUGUUGGGCACCUAGCUCCGUUAAGGCAUCGGAUGCUAUAAGCCCGUUGAUGAACUUUCUAGACUCGUAUCUUUUAAACAUGAAUCAGAGUCUGUAUAGAACAAACCUGGAUAGGGUUUUAACGGCCGUUUGGAAUACACUUCUGGAUUUGCUCAGGGAGGCUUCAAAAAGUGAUGAUGUUAGAGAAACAGUCUACUUUGAGCGUCUCAGAGACGCCCUGCAGAUUCUCUCUGAUUUUUUCCACGUAGAAGGAAGAGGAUUACCAAUAGACGUUGUUGAAAGUGAAUCCUAUAAGAGUCUACUAGCUCAAGUUGAUCUUUCUGCAUCCACAACUUACCAAAUAAUUGAACGCUACUUUAAGGACAAAAUGGAGGAGCAAGCUGCUUCGAAAAGUCUGCAGAGUUUUGGAACUUUAACUACCCGCGUUUAUUAUAACGCCGAUGCUCGUAUAAUUCAAGUAGAAGUUUUAAACGCUUCUAAUAUAAUUGCUUUAGAUUCAAAUGGAUUAUCCGAUCCAUUCGUCGAAAUUCAAUUAGAACCUCAGCACUUAUUUCCUCAGCAACCAGUUCACAAAACAAAAAUUAUUAGGAAUAGUCUGCAUCCAGUGUUCGAGGAGAGUUUUGAAUUUGAUAACGUUUCACUAGAUCAAUGCCGCCAUCAAGCAGCAUCUGUUCAUUUUACGGUUAUGGAUCACGAUUUUAUGAUGGCUAAUGAUUUCGCGGGUGAAUUAUUUGUUAGAUUAGCUGAAGUUCCAGGGGCUAAAUUGGGCGAUCACGUCCCUGGUGUUUCUUCACUAAAUCCUCAUACAUCACCCCUUACUCAACCUCGUAAAGAGAGUAAAUCUGCUAUAGCCUUAUCUACUCUUAACGAUAGAUCAAGCUGGGAUAAACAAGCAGCGGCAUUCGUAAAAAGACAUAAACACUCUGCUACUUGGCUUUUAUAAAACUCUUCUAUUUUCUUCCUCUAAGAAAAGACGUUGUUUCUCAACAUUUAGAUUUUUCUCCACAAGUAACCUUUUGGAAAUUUUCAAGAAAAUCCCCUCACAACAUCACAACAUGAUAGUUGUUUCUUUGUUUCCCCUUUUUUAAUUUGUUUUUUUUCUUUUUUUUUACAAUCUCAAACAGAAUAAUGCUUGCUCUUGUUCCAGGAGGAAACGCUUUUACUGUAGCGUCUCUAAUUUAGAAAAGAAAACAGUCUUGGCUGACAAUUUUGACUGUAUCAUUCACUUUCUCCUUUACUUAGUACAAAAACUUUUUUAUUUAAUAGACAUAGCGUUUACUUCAUUUAUU